AUGCUCCUUAAUGCCACCGUCCCCCUGUCGGUGUCUUUCAGCUGUCCCGAGGACUUCCUCAUCUUCAUCUUCCACAUUGUGUUCGCCACCAGUGCGGCGCUGGUCGCCGGCUCGGUGGUCGUCGCUAUAACGACCACUCGGUCCCUGCGAAGCCAGAACCGCUUCAUAUUCAUGCUGAACACGAGCAUCAGUGACACUCUGACGGGCUGCUCGGUUUACUACCUCGGCCUCUUCGACGUCCAAGAGGGCUACCCCUCGAGGAACGGGAGCUUCUUCAUCCUACCCUCGUUCCUGGGGGUCAACGUGUUGACCUUCCUCUGCGCUCAGAUCGACCGCUACGUGGCCGUGUGCCACCCGUUCUUCUACAGCCGCCACGUGACGAGGUCCGUGGUCGUGGGGACGUGCGCGUUCUGCUGGAUCCAGACCUACGCCACGCUCACGAUACGGAACGUGAUGCCGCUCUCGAAAUCGGCUGAAAUAACCGCAUUCGGUGUCAUGUUUCUGCAGAUUGUAGUUCUAACGAAACUGGCGAUGACGGUGAAGCUCUACGUUAUCGCCAGGAAUCAGCUGCAGAGAGAAGCGCCCAGCGUCGACAGGGACAACAAAAAGGAAUCCCUGCGCACCAUCGUGUUUGUGGUCCUGUCCUUCUUGACUCUGUGGGGCCCUUCCUUUGUCAGCAUACUUGUCAGACAAUUCAGUGGCAAAGGUCUGACGUUUAGGAAUGAAGCCACCAACCCGUUCACCAUCAUGGCACGCUUUAACGCGCUGGUCACCCCGUCCGUGUACGUCUGGAGCAGCCCGGCGCUGCGGGAGGCCGUGUGGAGAACGGUGUGGCGAAGGAUGUGUCCCAGGCGGCGAGUACGGUAA